AUGGAUCCCAUCAUCACUUCCGGCAACGAACACCAUUCCUCUCAUUCUCAUUAUCAUUAUCAUUCUCAUCAUCAAGAUCUUCCUCUUCUUCCUCCAAAUACGAUAAACCCAAAACUUCUUCUUCCUUCCUCUUCCUCUUCUUCCCCUCAGAGGCGACCUUUAUAUUCGAUCAAUCAAAAUACUUUCCUUCAACCUCGACCUCAACCUCAACCUCAGAGUCAAAUCCAACCAAUCAAUCUUUCCUCGUUUGAUAUUGGCACACAAAAUAAAAUCGCUUCAAACCCUUUUCAUCCUUUAAAUCAACCUCAAAAAGAAUAUAAUUCUAUUUGGUUAUCAGAAGAUUGGAACUCCCUUCCUUUUUCUACAACACCAACUCCAUCUCAGUACACUUCCGAUACGACUAGAUACUCCAAUAUCACUCCUGUCAACCCAAACCCAUCUUCCUCAUUCGCCACUACGACCUUUAUCCCGCUUCACUAUACACAAAAUACCUUUCCUUCUCUUGGGUCCCUGGCUAAUCAAGUUGAGUACGAUCUCUCUGUCAACAACUCGUCCAAUACCAUCGAACGACCUUUCAUACCUUUCUCGGACGUUAAUAAUCAGCUCAACUAUCCUCUUCCAUCUAUUGGAUACGGUCAACCUCAACCUCGACCUCACCUUCAACUAAACGACUUCCCGUCUUCUUCAUACUCCAACCAAUCUUUUGUACCUUCCGCUUCAUCCUUCGGCGAAUACCCAGCCCAUGGUAUGGAUAUGGCUCAAUCACCUUGGGAUAUCUCGAUGAGAGGUAGAUCACGAACCUUCCCAUUCAACCAGAUGAUCCCUUUAGCCUAUACCCAUCCGGGAUAUACAAUCUCUUCCGAAAGAGAUCAACAACAAGAUAUCACGAUGGGUAUGGGUUAUCAAGGUCUACCAUAUCAAGCAAUCGAUCUUCCUUCCUCUUCGGUGGAUCAAGAUCGUCCUACUUCAUGGGACAUAUCGGUACUGCCACAAUCGAUCGUUCCUAUCAACAACAAUCAUCAUGAGAAUCACGAGGAAGUAGCAGAAGAGGAAACUGAAUUCGAUUCAGAUGACGAAUUCGAUAAUCACCAAAGAGAUCUAUCAAAACAUCAAGAUAUACCUGUUGGUGUCGAAAGUGAAGGUAUGGGUAUCAACAGUGGAGUAAUCGAUAUAGAAUUAUCAUCUUCUUCAAUCUCAUCUUCGAUUGCAGAUUCUCAUCCCAACGACAAAACGACCGUUCUGGCUUUGGGAGAAAUCGCUUCCUCCGAAGUGGCAUCGCCUCAAGUCGGAUCAGUACCUGGAUAUCGACCUUACGUACCUAAAUCUUUUCAUUCACCUAUCCUCUUAUCGACGAAUUCAUCAUCAGAUUACGAGUACGUCGAAGAGGAGGAAGAAGAGGAAAAGGAGCAGGAGCAGGUUAGUAGGAAUGGGAGGUAUCCUACUAGAUUGAAUACAUUGAAGAACCAGGAGGAGAAGAAAAACAAUAGAAAGAAAAUUAAGAAGAACAAGGAAGAUAAGAAGAACGUCAAAGUUAAAGGUAAAGGUAAAGUGGGAUGUAAAAAGCGAUCAAGUACCACUAGUCGUAGCACGUCAAGCUAUAAAGCUACUUCCACUAGUAGCGUCAGUGUCGGUGGAGGUAUUGGAAGAAAAUUAGGAAAUGGUGGAGCGAAAGUACCUACUGGUGCAUUCUUAUUUUGGAUGAUGAAGAUGUUGGCAUUCGACGUAUACCCCGAAUACGUAAUUAUCAAAAACCAAGUAGCUUAUAUACCUGAUACAGAAGCUUUCGCCGAAAAUGUAUAUUCGAUCUUCUCCGAAAAGACCAAUCAAUGGACAUCAUUCCAGCGAAAUCUCAACAACUACAUCAAAGACUGGCCUUUCGAAAGGCGUGCAGUUCUCGAUACGAAAUUACGCUCUCAAACAAUCGAAAUUCCGACUAUCGAUGAACUUUGCGUUGCAUGGCGAAAUCAUGGAUUAAGUGAGGAGACCCUUCAGCAAGAGAAGCAGAAGUUGGAACGCUGGGUGAAGGAAAACAAACCUACUCGAACGACCAGACGAAUCAAGGCUCCCAAUGAGAUCGAGUUCAAGAGGAAGAGCAAUAAAUUCGACAAACUGCACGGAAGCGAGCAUGAUCAACGAAUUGGGAAGAGGGUUAGAGACAUGAAGAAACGAAAGACACAAGUCAGGAUGGAAGUUGAUAAUGAAGCAAGAGUAGGAGAGGAUGAGGAGGUUGACGAGUUGUAUUCUGAAGAAGAAAGCAAACCUAGUGAAAGUCAAAAAGAAACCCAAGCACGGAAUGAUAAUCGACCCUUGAGAGCAUCAUCGUCAUCCUCUUCAUCGUCGAGCAGACCAUUCUGGCGCACUGCCAAUAACAAGAGUCAGACCGAUCGUAAUGUGACUCGAUUAGAUUCAUCGGAGAGGAUCCGAUUGAGAUUGAGGUUGGAUGGAAGUACUUUCUCGGUCACUCCUGAGAAAUCGAAAGAUAAUCUUAAGAGGAAGUUUGGGUCUUUGAGUGAUGAAGGGGAUGAUGAAGAAAGCCAAGAGCUCGAUUGUCCGAAAGAGUUGUAUACCCCUUCACCGACAUUUACCAAUGCUCUCAUCACUCCUCAAACAGCUACUAACUUCAACCCGGCCCUCGGUCAACCGUCUGCGAAAGGGUAUUGGUCCAACGUGAGGGAUAAUUGCCAACUGCCCACUCCCGUAUCGAUGCCUAGGGCAGUCAGAUCUGAAAACAGUCCUGAGUAUAUGAAUAGACCUUCUUCUCCGAUCGAGAACAAAAGUCAUUCUCAAGGUUACAGCAAUGCUUCCAUAUCUAGUGGUAAUUUGGUGGAGAAUGAUGUGUUCGGUCCGAUCGUCCAUGCCGGGAAGAGUAAAGGAAAAGGUAAAGAGAGGGAGUGA